AUGGCGUCAAAACCAUGGAUAGUCGAGAUUUGCUCGACAGACGUUUCCAGCCUUGAGCCAAAAGGCGCCACCACCAAACACAACACCAAAAUGUCACCAGUGGUGGUCCCUCAGUCCCCAAAACAGCCAAAGACGACCGGUUCAUUCUCACGCCUCUCCGAGACUUACGAGUCCACCUUUCCAGCAAUGCGCCUGUUCGCCGCCGACGCUAUAUCCCUGGCGCCGCCCAUCACCUCUUCUUCCGUCGUCCACGACAAUGGCUGCGGCCCGGGCAUCGCGACCGCCGAGAUCCUUGCCCGGUGCUGCGGCGGUCACGAUCAUCACCAACAUCACCACCACCACCACCACCACCACUUCCCAUCACUACCCGCGCAGGCUCCCCCACGGAUAGAGGCCACCGACAUAUCACCCGCCAUGACGAGCGCGGCUGCCCGGCGCGGCGCGUCCGUUCGCGCCCAGGUCAUGGACAGCAGGCACCUAGCGGGUCUCGACGAUGACGUCUUCUCUCACUCCUUCUCUGGCUUCGUGGUCCUAGGUAUGUCUACCGCCGACGGCGCCCGCGUCGUCUCCGAGAUGCGCCGCACCCUCCGGCCCGGCGGGACGGGCGUCCUUACCGCGUGGGCGGAGCUGGGCUACGUGGAUCUGUUUGAGAGCGUGGCAGGGGCCGCCAAACCCGACGCCGAGGUGGACACGUCGCGCGCCGUCUUGAGCGAGCGCGGGCUGCGUGCAAUGCUGGAGCUGGGAGGGUUCUCAUCGCAGUCGUCACUCUUCAGCAUGAAGAGGAGCAGCAUCGGCAAAUCCCGCCUGGCGCGGGCGAGGAGCCGCACCAAGCUCGCCGACGACGGGCCCAGCGCCGUGGUGGAGCUGAGGAGCAUCACGCGCUCCUUUCCCUGGGCGCUCUGGACCACCCAGGCCUACGAUCAGAUCCGCCGGAGCAUGUGCGAAGGCUACACGGGGGCCGGGUGGAGCAGGCAGGACAAGGACCGGCUAGACGGCCUGCUGGCCGACCGGAUAAGGCGCCUUGCCGAGAACGGCGAGACGUAUCACAUGACGGCCUGGGUUGCCGUGCUCCGGAAAUAA